AUGGCGACGAUGACGAUGCAGCUGGGUGGGCUGAUGCUGGCUGUGCUGGGCUGGCUGGGCUCCAUCCUCACCUGCGCGUUGCCCAUGUGGAAGGUGACGGCCUUCAUCGGCUCCAACAUUGUGGUGGCCCAGGUCUUCUGGGAAGGGCUGUGGAUGAACUGCGUGUACGAAAGCACGGGGCAGAUGCAGUGCAAGGUCUACGACUCCCUGCUGGAGCUCACCUCCGAUUUGCAAGCGGCUCCGGCCUUG